ACAAAUGUUCUUAACGGUAUUUAUGUGUAUUUUCUGAUGGUAGGGUGACGCUACAAUGCCACACAGUUAUAGGAUCAGUUUUGAGCAGAGACUUUUGGAAAACGAUACCAGAUUACGCUUCUGGCAACAAAAACAUCUUAAAAUAUGACGCAUUAUGUACCGCACGACUACUUCUAUAAUGAAAAAAAUGAUGCCUUAUCAACAAACAGUCAUCAACCAAACAACAGCAAUAAUCCCUAUAGGGUAAAUGAUAACUCGGAGUACUACGAUGAGUACAGUGAUCUAAGAAACCCACUAAACCAUCCGCUAAAUUAUGGUAGUGAGCGGAUUUGGACCAGUGAAACAGAACUUACACAUGUAGAUAGCAGCUAUAAUAACGACUAUGUAGAUUACUAUAGUAAGGAAGACCAACAAGGUGUGAAAGGAGAAGCUGCCGACAACUGGGAUGGAAAUAAUACGGUUAUCACAGCUGAAUAUGGCUUUGAAUAUGGAAAUCAAAAAUGUACCUCAACAAAAUUAUUGCCUUUGCUGCCGGCCAAUCAAAAUGAUAGUAGUAACGGUGUCGCGAACGGGUCGACUGUUCGAGGUGACAUUGGAAUGGAGAUGGAUCUGGAAGAUUCAACAUACGCAGAAGAUCCAUCUAUAGGUGACCUAACCAUGACAGCACUUUGUAUGGCCCCACCUACAGAGGCCACUGGGACCAUCACCUACGACGCAUUCGGACAAAUGGCAAGGCCUUACACUUCUAUGUUGCCAUUAGACUACACUCAUUACCAAGAGAGCAACUACAAUGCGGACAGUCUGUCAACGUACAGCGAUACACCGCCAAACACGACAGCUAACGCACAACAUAAAUUACAGCAGCAGCGUAAAAUUUCUCUGAUGAUGGCAAUGACAACGGCGUCUGUAAUAGCAUCUGGUGAGACUAGGGUACCAGUUCAAAACUCUAGUAAACCAGAGGAGAGAACUACAGCUACGGAGUCUCUACUAGGCGCCAGUACCAGUACCAAUGCCACUGCAAUAGCUUCAGGAUGGUGGUCAGAGACAAAGUUUUGCAGUGGGGAAGUUCUUACUAGUACUCCCAUCACUGCUAUGACGAUGACAUCGACGACAACUAGAAAAUUGCCAAAACUUCUACCAACGCCACAGUACAAAUCAUCAACAUUGUAUACAACCGCCUCCUUAGCCUCAGAUGAAACAUCAGGUUCCUCAUUACAAUCUUCAGCACCCAUCGUAGAGAAAAAUCAUCGUCCAAAGCAGCUCCCAAAGUUGCCAACUUCCCAAUUCCAGGCCAAAAAACAUUCCAAGUUACUUUCCAAUUUGAACGCGUCGACUGCUCCUGCAUCAGUGGCAUCAUUACCAUUUAGUUCUUUAGACGACACAGCAGCCUUUCGCUCAUCACCGGAAGCUGAAGCGGAAAGCUUUUCGAUGCUUACAACCACCAACUUACUAAGCCACACUAGCCAAAGCCCACAACCUUAUUAUGCUGUUGUUAGUAAGGAAAACGAAACCAAUGAAGUAGAUUUGACAUCGUCCGAAAAUGAUAUAGUGCUGAAAUCUUGGGCAGUAUCACCUCCAGUACCCUUAGAACCCCAUCCUUGUCCGUCAAGGGAGCUGCCUUGCAGUGUUAGUCUGCAGAUGCAGCUGAAGAAUUCGCCAAUAGCCGGCACUCCUGAAAAAGAAUCGACUGAUUCCUACCUGAAUUUAAAAAUGGAGCCAUCAUUGAUAAAACCAGUACCAAGCUCAGAGAUUUUAGCUGCGACCAUAACUGAAUCAUCCUCCCACAUUAGCAAGCCCGAUGCAACCAUUUUUGACAUAUCUGAAUAUCUAAAGCCUUAUACAUUAGAUGCAAUUAGUUAUUCCAGAGAACAUGAAGAAGAUCAUAUCACCAUUGCUGUCAGCACCACCAAAACAAUAGAUCCCUCAUACGGCCAUGAAAACCUAAAAAAUGAUGAUUUCUUUGAUUCAUUAAACUUAUCUGGGACAUCAUUGAACGCACACAAUCCAUAUUCUGUUGCAAGGAGUAGCUCCGUCAAUUAUCAACCACCUCAGGCUGAGCCUGCAGACUCGACUUCAACGCCACCACUACCGAUUAAUUUCAAUUUGACUCUACAGUAA